CACCUAAAAUCACACACACUCUCUCUCUCCGACGCGCUUUAGGGUUUCGAAUUUCCCAUUCCUCAACUGACUCGGUGGUUCUCCAAUCUUCUCCCUUAUAUAGAAUUCUAGGGUUCAUUCAAUCCCUGUUUGUUUUGAAUCGAAUUUCUCCUGCGAUCUUCGGUUUGUGAUGCUGUGAUGGUGAGCUCGGAGGGAUUGAGUGCAAAGCAGUUCGGGGUGACGAGGCCGUUAUCGACGGCCGGGCCCACCGAGGCCGAUACUCAGAGGACUCUGGAGUUGGAGAAGAUGUUGGUUGAAGCCGGGCUGUAUGAGAGUGAAGAGGAAGCUGCCAAGAGAGAGGAGGUUCUUCGGCGAAUCGAGCAGAUUGUUAAGGACUGGGUGAAGCAACUUACUCAGUUGAGAGGAUACACAGAUCAGAUGGUUGAGAAAGCAAAUGCUCUUAUUUUUACAUUUGGUUCCUAUAGGCUCGGGGUACAUGGUCCUGGGGCUGACAUCGACACUUGUGUUGGGCCAUCUUAUGUCAACCGUGAGGAAGACUUCUUCUUUGUAUUGCAUGACAUACUUGCUGAAAUGGAAGAAGUGACUGAACUGCAACCAGUUCCAGAUGCUCAUGUUCCUGUAAUGAGGUUUAAGUUUGAUGGAAUAUCAAUCGAUCUCCUUUACGCAAGCGUUUCUUUGCUUGUUGUACCUGAAGACCUGGACAUUUCUGACGUAUCUCUGUUGUACGAUGUCGACGAACCUACUGUUCGAAGUCUUAAUGGCUGCAGGGUUGCUGAUCAAAUUCUUAAGCUUGUUCCAAAUGUGGAGCAUUUCUGUACAACUCUUCGAUGCUUGAAGUUUUGGGCGAAAAGGCGUGGUGUGUAUUCCAAUGUUACUGGAUUUCUUGGCGGUGUGAAUUGGGCCCUUCUUGUUGCCCGAGUUUGUCAACUUUAUCCUAAUGCAGUUCCCAGCAUGCUGGUAUCUCGAUUUUUUAGAGUCUAUACACAAUGGCGAUGGCCAAAUCCUGUCAUGUUAUGUGCCAUUGAGAAGGAUGAACUUGGUUUUAGUGUUUGGGAUCCACGGAAAAAUCCUCGCGACCGGACUCAUCAUAUGCCAAUUAUAACUCCUGCAUACCCUUGUAUGAACUCUAGCUACAAUGUUUCUAAAAGUACCCUCCGUGUCAUGAUGGAACAGUUUCAGCAUGGGAACAAGAUUUGUGGGGAAAUAGAGCUGAAUAAAUAUAGGUGGCCUGCUCUGUUUGAACCAUAUUUGUUCUUUGAAAGCUAUAAGAACUAUCUCCAGGUCGACAUUGUUGCAGUUGAUGUGGAUGAUCUUCGUGCUUGGAAAGGCUGGGUGGAAUCUCGGUUGAGGCAAUUGACUCUAUUGAUUGAACGGGAUACUAUGGAGAUGUUACAAUGCCACCCAUAUCCUCAUGAGUAUGUUGAUACAACCAAGCAGCAUGCACAUAGUGCUUUCUAUAUGGGUUUGCAGAGGAAGCAGGGUGAAGAGGUUCAGGGUCAGCGGUUUGAUAUACGAGGGUCUGUUGAUGAGUUCAGACACUCAAUUGAGAUGUACAAUUUUCGGAAACGAGGGAUGAAAAUAUACGUUUCUCACGUUCAUAGAAGGCAACUACCAUCCUAUGUGUUUCCUGAUGGUUGUAAGCGAGCUAAACCGUCUAGAAUUGUGUCCCUGCAGCAUGAUAAUAACGUUAGUCCGACGGGCUCUGGUGAGAGAGCCCUGAAGAGGAAGAAUGAUCUUGGUGGGGGAUCACCACCGAAACGGCGAUCUAUUAGCCCUCAGACCCAUGAUUCAGUAUCCCCUGAAAUUAUCACUCACAAAGAGGGAAGUGCUUCUCCAGAGACUUUGGACAAAUCCCUUAGUUUGGAGGUAGUUGAAUCGAAUGAAAAGAUGUCUGGUGAUAACGGCAAUUGUUUGCAAAAUGGAUCGCAAGAAGGAUUAGAGUUAAAUGCUGCAUUUGGGAUGGUACUUCAUCCUAGCGAGGGAGUCAGAUCGGAAGGUGUGCAGAAAGCAGUGAUGAGGCAUGUCAUCUACAACUCUUAUAUAUACCACUUUUUAUACUUUAAUGUAUUGAUUAUUUUUAUGCUUCUCUUUUUGGUGCAAUUUAUGGCAGGUUGGGUUUGACCUCAAUUGGCUGAGCAAGUUAGUCUUAUAUUAAUUUGGCUGUGAAAUUAUGUGGGACUUAAAUGAGAAAGGAAGAAAGCCAGCUGCUUGGGUAAGUGUUCUUUCUAUUGCUGGCUUUCAUUUCAUUCUUUUUCAGGCAUGCUCGUCCAUCCAAACUUUCGCAUUCAAAUCAAGUACUUCAAACUGAGGAUGGUGGCUUCUUGUAUAAUGUUUCUACGGCUUUGGAAUCAUUCUGAUAUGCUUAAGUUCCGAGCUUCUGGAUUCUCUCUAAACAACUGAUUCAGAACUCAUCAACUUCUGCAAACAGAUAUAGGUUUUUUUUUUAAUAUACUUUUCAUCAUCUGGUGGUUUUAACUUGACAAUCCCAGAUCCAGAAGGAAAAAAAAAAGGAAAAAAAAAAGAAAAAAGAAAAAACAAAGAAUCCCCAGUGUCUUGUUUACCCUAGUGAGUGUGGCUCUGUAAUGCUCUUAAUGUUGUAGGCUGGUUAGGUUCUGUAUGAGGGUGUGAAUGUGGGUACUGCUGAGGGUGUAUAUAUAUAUCCUCAUGACAUCUUUGUACAUUA